GCGGAGAGGGCCCCGCGGCCGCCACACCCCGGGAGAGGCGGGGCGGGGCGGGCGUAUUUGAGGCGCGGAGCCACCGCCCAGCCCGGAGCGCCCCUGAGCGAGCGAGCGACGGAGCGGAGGCCGAGGAGUGCGGAAAAUGGCAAACAACUUUUCACUUAAUGAUGCCUUAUCUGGGUCUGGAAACCCAAACCCUCAAGGAUGGCCUGGCGCCUGGGGAAACCAGCCUGCUGGGGCAGGAGGCUACCCUGGGGCUGCUUAUCCUGGGGCUUAUCCCGGGCAGGGGCCUCCUGGAGCUUAUCCCGGGCAGGGGCCUCCUGGAGCGUAUCCCGGGCAGGGGCCUCCAGGGGCCUACCCUGGCCCACCUGCUCCUGGGUCCUAUCCAGGGCAACCAAGCGGACCUGGGGCUUACCCAUCUCCUGGACAGCCAAGUGCUCCUGGAGCCUACCCUGCUGCCAGCCCCUACGGCACCCCGGCUGGACCACUGAUUGUGCCUUAUGACCUGCCUUUGCCUGGAGGAGCCGUGCCUCGCACGAUGAUUACAAUUCUGGGCACAGUGAAGCCCCAUGCAAACAGAAUUGCUUUGGAUUUCAAGAGAGGGAAUGAUGUUGCCUUCCACUUUAAUCCACGCUUCAAUGAGAACAACAAGAAAGUCAUUGUUUGUAAUACGAAGCUGAAUAACAACUGGGGAAGGGAAGAAAGACUGAUGGUUUUCCCGUUUGAAAGUGGUAGACCAUUCAAAAUACAAGUAAUGGUUGAACCUGAAGUAUUCAAGGUUGCAGUCAAUGAUGCCCACUUGUUGCAGUAUUAUCAUCGGAUGAAAAAUCUCAAUGAAAUCAACAAACUUGGCAUAUCUGGUGAUAUAGACCUCACCAGCGCUACAUACACUAUGAUAUAAUCUUCAAGGAGCAGAUGCUUUUCUGAAAAGUGAAAUUUGAAUAUACACCUUACACAUAUAAGAGCUUCAUAUUCAUUAUGGGUAAAAAAAUUUAAGUUUAUUCAUCAAUAUCCUUCUUGUAAAUCAUCCAUUUAAUAAAUAUUAUUAUUCUAAGAGUU